AUGGAUUUCAACGGAAGUCAGGCUCUAAUGAUCAUUCUUGCUUUGACUGUAGGAGGACUGGUUUCGAGACAACUCAUGAAAUGGAAGAGAAGGACGGACUCAGAAUCAACUGAUGAUCUUGUGCUUGGAGAAGAAUAUGAUGUGUUCUUGAGUUUCAGGGGAAGGGACACACGCCUAAACUUCACCGAUCACCUUCACCGCAGCAUGGUACGUGCAGGAAUCCGCGUUUUCCUUGAUAGUGAAGAACUCGAAGAUGGUAAAGAAAUCAAUGAAAUUUUGGAGGUUGUGAACAAGUCUCGAAUCUAUAUCCCCAUCUUCUCUAAGGACUUUGCUUCCAGCAUAUGGUGUCUCCGUGAGGUAGAGCGCAUGGUAGAAUGCUGUUCAAAAUCAAAUGGGAAGAAAGAGAUCAUCCCUAUUUUUUAUGACGUGAUGAGUGAUGAUGUGAAACUCAGAACCAAUUUGUAUAAGAAGGCCAUACUCAAGCACAAGAAGUUUGCCCCCAACAAAGUGCAGCAAUGGAUGAGUGACCUCAAAACGGUUGGAAAGAUAAAGGGACGAGAACUUCUAGGCAAACGCGAAGCAGGAGAAAUUGAUUCAAUUGUUGAACAGGUUUCGCGUAAGCUUAAAACAAGACGCAUGAGUGUGUCUGAACAUUUGGUUGAAGAUAACGCUCAAGUGGAAGCCAUAAUGAAGUUGUUAGAUGUUGGCUCUAAUGGUGUGCGUUUUGUAGGUAUCCAUGGCAUGGGUGGUAUUGGAAAAACAACUCUUGCCACAAUUUUGUACAAUAGAUUAUCUUUUCACUUUGAAGGCUGUAGUUUCCAACGAGAAGUCCGAGAACGUUGGCAACAUCUUGAUGGUCCUUUAAAGUUGCAGAAACAGCUCUUAUCAGAUUUUGUCAAUUCUAGCAUUACUAAGCCAAUUAAAGAUGUUGACAAGGGAAUCGAGAUGAUCAAAAGAGUACUUAGUAAUAAAAAAGUACUCAUCAUACUUGAUGAUCUAGACAAGACAGAGCAACUCAAAAAGCUAGCUGGACAAUUUGACUGGUUUGGUUCAGGUAGCAGGAUCAUCAUCACAACUAGGAACAAAAGUAUUGCGAAGACUCAAGGUGAAUCAUCCAGUAAAGGGGUCAAUGUGGAUUAUGAAGUUCGUGAAAUGAAAUCCGAUCAAGCACUUCAGUUAUUUUAUAAGCAUGCUUUUAGAAGUAACUCUCCUACAGAGGAUUACAAUGCUCUUUCAAGAGAUAUUGUACGCAAAGUGGCUGGGCUUCCUUUGGCUGUCGAGGUGAUAGGUUCUUAUCUUUAUACUUUGGGCUUUGUCCUGGAGCCACAUGAUAUUAAAAUAAAGCUAUUGAAAGAGAUGUUGCAGAAGUUAAAUGAUGGUCCUUUCAAGGGUGUCCAAACUGUAUUAAGGAUAAGUUAUGAUGGACUAGAGGAUAAGGAGAAAAAGUAUUUCUGGAUAUUGCUUGCUUUUUCAUCAAUGAGGACCAAACAUAUCCGGUUAUCAUGUGGGAAGACUGUAAUUACCAUCCUUAUAGUGCAAUUUGUGUCCUCUGCCUACGGUCCUUGA